UAAAAAUAAAAUUUAAUUAUGAAGUUGUUUGCAGUCUUUUCGGUGCUAUUCGUAGCCACAAAUGCGGUCCCAUUUUUAGACAAAUUGCGUGAACCUCACGCGGGAAAGACCUGGGUGGUUUUGUGUGCUAGUGCAUCGGGGUGGGAUAAUUAUGGCAUGGAGGCCGACGUAUACCACGCCUACCAAGUGGUCCGUAAACACGGAAUACCCGACGAAAACAUAAUUGUUAUGCAUUACGACGAUAUCGCUCACCAUAAGAGUAACCCCACACCCGGUGUGGUCAUCAACCGAGUGAACGGUACGGAUGUCUACAAAACCCCGUAUGAAGUGCCCAAACACUACAUCGGCAAAGAUGUCACCCCAAAGAACUUUUUGGGAGCUAUUGCUGGAGACGAGACCUUAGAAAAAUCGGGCAAAAAGGUAGUCAAAAGUGGACCCAAUGAUCGUAUUUUUGUCUAUUUAGAUGACCAUGGUGGUGAUGAGGUGGUGGCUUUUCCCUCGGGUGCUCCCAUGUUAUACGCUAAGGAUCUCAAUAAUGCCUUGAUCGAAAUGCAUAAACAAAAUAAAUUCUCCCAGCUCGUAUUUUAUCUGGCUGCAUGUGAAUCAGGAUCUAUGUUUGCUAAACUAUUGCCAACUGAUAUUAAUGUUUACGCUAUUACUGCCACCAAGGUGGGUGAAUUAGGGUGGAAAGCUGAAAGUGAAUGGGAAAAAUAUAAUACUUGGCUAGCUACUUACUUUACUAUCAUAUGGCUUGAUGACAGUGAAAAAAGUGAUCUUACCAAGGAGCUAAUUUCCACGCAAUAUGAUUAUAUUAAAGAACAUAACAAUUUCACCAUGGACGGUACUAAACACUCCCAGCAUGCUCAGCAGUAUGGUGAUUUAAGUAUUGCUACUAAACAACACGUAUCUGAUUACCAAGGUGACAAAAAGGUCCCGAUCAAUUCCGAGUCAGGAUCAUAUGUCUCGCAAUUGAAUGCAUUGGAAAACAACAGACAAUUGUUGGACAAACAGAUCGAGGAAUACGUGAAUGAAUUGCCGGGAAUUGACGCCAAUAUCGCAUUGAAUGGCAAACUAGAGCUCAAUAAUAGGGACUGUUAUAAGAAACUUGUCGACACUUUCAAUGAGAAGUGCUAUGCAUUCAAUGACAAUACAUACGCUUUCUAUAAGUUAAGUGUUUUCCGCAAUAUUUGCGAACAAAUGCGUGACUCGAGUGAUGCGGACAUUGCUGUCAACCGAUUGAUACAACACUGCAAUAGAAAUGCGAAACCGAUUGAUAAUAUUGUCUAAUAAUUAGAUACC